GGCGAGGGUAUAUAAGGCAGAGAAGGGCGGGGCCUCGCUCAGACCUGUUGCGUCGCCCCUGUCCUAAGGUUCUCGUGUGUGGCUGUUCCCGGAGUCGUGACCAGAAGAGAAACGUCCCCAGGUAACGGGCAGGUGCUAAUUAGGGAAGACACCUGAAGCGCCUCUCGUUAAUUAGCAGCAAGAAAAAAAAACAGGAUGGCGUGCGGGCGCGUGGGCAAGGCAUGGGAGCGGUCGUGGGCGGCGGUGGCGGUGGUGGUGCUGGUGGGCGUGGUUGUGCUGGCGGGCUCGGUGGACUCCUUCAACCGCGACAGGCCGAUAAUCAAAUGGUCACCUCUCUGGCUCAACAACUACCGGCCCCGCGGGGUUCUGUUCAAGAGGUUCCGUGACGAGCCCAUCGACAAGUGGACGCCUGGCUAUUUCAGCUCCUCGCCCGAACACUACUACGACCAGAAGAAGGACGCGGGGGGCUGCGGUCGGGAGAACUCGCUGUGUCGGUUCGUGAGUGUUCGGUCCGGGGAGCCGCGGGAGGUCAGGUGUUGCGGGGCGCUGCAGUGCGUGUUUACGGGUGUGUCCUUCACCUGUGCCGACCCCAGUUCAAUGGAUUUGGAAACUACUGAAAAUGAAAUAUAUUGAACCUCCUCCUCCUCCUCCUCUUUCCCUCCAUUACUGGCAAGAUGAGAUAACCGGAGACCUGGAGAAGGAAGAAUUACGGAAGAGAAAGAAGAAAAGGAGAUAAAAGAAGAAAAAGAAGAAAAAAAGACGAAGGCAAAAAAUAAGACAGCAGAGAUGUCCAAAUGUUUUCAAAAAGAUGUUCAUUAUAACAAAAAUGGAUAAUAAUAAUAAUAAUAAUAAUAAUAAUAAUAAUAAUGGUAAUAAUAAUAAAGUUUAACCAUUACGCUUUGUCGUUAAAGAAGAUAGCUUUAUGUAAGUGUGUGUGUGUGUGUGUGUGUGUGUGUGUGUGUGUGUGUGUAAUAAUAUUCACCACGGCCUGAUCACGAGUUGGACUCGCUUUCGCCAGCAGUACCCUCACGACGUGAGCAAGUGCUCAUUAUCGUCGAUCUCUGGGUACUGCCAGGACCUCACACACCACACACCCCAUCACCCUUGCUCAAAGGGGGACAGCAGUAACCACUCCUAGUCAACGGAAAGAAUCCGGCCUGAGCGGGGCUCGAACCGCCGCCUGUUUGGCCGUGAAGUCUCGCAGCGCUCUACCGACUGAGCCACCGGAGCGGUGUGAUGUGUGUGUGUGUGUGUGUGUGUGUGUGUGUGUGUGUGUGUGUGUGUGUGUGUAAGUCAGCGUUAAAUCGCCAUAAUGUGAACAGGAUUUCAACACACACACACACACACACAUGCGUUGCACACCUACACACACUCUCACACACACACACACAGACAUUUUACUUCCUAAGAAGUGCACGUCACAGCAGCCUGCGGAAAGGCCGGGGCAGCUGCUAACACACACACACACACACACACACACACACACACACACACACACACA